GCAGUCACCCGCUCCACCGGCAGCUGCACCUGCUCCAGCCAUGAUGAGCUUCAGCGGCGCCGACGCGCUGCUGGGCUCCCCGUUCGCGUCGCUGCACGGAGGUGGCAUCCUGCAUUAUGCACUGGCUCGAAAGGGCGGCUCAGGCGGAGCGCGCUCGGCCGCCGGCUCGUCGAGCGGUUUCCACUCGUGGGGGCGGACGUCCGUGAGCUCAGUGUCGGCCUCGCCGAGUCGUUUCCGCGGUGCGGCAAUCGCCUCGAGCACCGACUCGCUAGACACGUUGAGCAACGGACCAGAGGGCUGCGUUGUAGCGGUGGCAGCGCGCAGCGAGAAGGAGCAGCUGCAGGUGCUGAACGACCGCUUCGCGGGCUACAUCGACAAAGUGCGGCAGCUGGAGGCGCACAAUCGCAACUUGGAGGGCGAGGCGGCGGCGCUGCGGCAGCAGCAAGCGGGACGCGCUGCCAUGGGCGAGCUGUACGAGCGCGAGGUGCGCGAGAUGCGCGGCGUCGUGCUGCGCCUGGGCGCGGCGCGCGGCCAGCUGCGCCUGGAGCAGGAGCACCUGCUCGAGGACAUCGCGCACGUGCGCCAGCGCCUGGACGACGAGGCCCGGCAGCGCGAGGAGGCUGAGGCGGCGGCGCGCGCGCUCGCGCGCUUUGCGCAGGAGGCCGAGGCGGCGCGGGUCGAGCUGCAAAAGAAAGCGCAAGCCCUUCAGGAGGAGUGCGGCUACCUGCGGCGCCACCACCAGGAAGAGGUGGGCGAGCUGCUCAGCCAAAUCCAGGGCUGCGGUGUCGCGCAGGCGCAGGCACAAGCCGACGCGCGCGACUCCCUCAAAUGCGACGUGACGUCGGCGCUGCGCGAGAUUCGCGCGCAGCUCGAAGGCCACGCGGUGCAAAGCACGUUGCAGUCGGAGGAGUGGUUUCGAGUGAGGCUGGACCGACUGUCAGAGGCAGCCAAGGUAAACACAGAUGCCAUGCGCUCAGCACAGGAGGAAAUAACUGAGUACCGGCGCCAGCUGCAGGCCAGGACCACGGAGCUGGAGGCACUCAAAGGCACCAAGGACUCGCUGGAGAGGCAGCGCUCUGAGCUUGAGGACCGUCAUCAGGCUGACAUCGCAUCCUACCAGGAAGCUAUCCAGCAGUUGGACGCUGAGCUAAGGAAUACUAAGUGGGAGAUGGCAGCCCAGCUCCGAGAGUAUCAGGACUUGCUCAACGUCAAGAUGGCUCUGGAUAUUGAGAUCGCCGCUUACAGAAAACUCCUGGAAGGUGAAGAGUGUCGGAUUGGCUUUGGUCCAAGUCCUUUCUCCUUUCCAGAAGGACUCCCUAAAAUCCCUUCCACGUCCACGCACAUAAAGGUCAAAAGUGAAGAAAAAAUCAAGGUGGUAGAAAAGUCAGAGAAGGAAACUGUGAUUGUGGAGGAACAGACAGAGGAGAUACAAGUGACCGAAGAAGUGACUGAAGAAGAGGAGAAAGAGGCCAAAGAGGAGGAGGGCCAGGAGGAGAAAGUGGGAGAAGAGGAAGCAGAUGAGGGAGAAGAAGCAGCAAAGUCUCCCCCAGCAGAAGAGGCUGAAUCCCCAGAGAAGGAAGAGGCCAUGUCACCAGCCAAAGCAAAGUCCCCCAUUAAAGAAGAAGCAAAGUCGCCAGCUGAGGUCAAGUCCCCUGAGAAGGCCAAGUCCCCAGUUAAGGAAGAGGCUAAGUCCCCAGUGGAGGUCAAAUCCCCAGAGAAGGCCAAGUCUCCAGUGAAGGAAGAAGCAAAAUCACCAGCUGAGGUCAAGUCCCCUGAAAAGGCCAAGUCUCCAGUGAAGGAAGAAGCGAAAUCACCAGCUGAGGUUAAGUCCCCCGAAAAGGCCAAGUCUCCGGUGAAGGAAGAAGCUAAAUCCCCUGAGAAGGCCAAGAUUCUUGAUGUGAAGUCCCCAGAAGCCAAGACCCCAGUGAAAGAAGAAGUAAGGUCCCCUGCAGACAUCAAAUCACCUGAAAAGGCCAAAAGCCCUAGCAAGGAGGAGGUCAAGUCCCCAGAGAAAGUCAAAUCUCCCAUGAAGGAGGAGGCCAAAUCUCCUGAAAAGGAGGUCUCAAAGAAGGAAGAAUCGAAGUCCCCCAUGAAGGAAGAAGAGAAACCCCAGGAGGUAAAAGUCAAAGAUUUGCCCCCAAAGAAGGUAGAGGAAGAGAAAGCUCCAGCCAUGCCAAAAACUGAGGAGAAGGACAGCAAGAAAGAUGAGGUGCCCAAGAAGGAGGCUCCAAAGCCUGAGGCGCAGGAUAAGAAAGAACCUGCUGUGGAGAAGCCCAAGGAAUCCAUAGUCGAAGCCAAGAAGGAAGAGUCUGAAGAUAAAAAAGCAGUGACUCCAGAGAAGGAAGCUUCUGUCAAACAUAAGGAAGAGGCCAAACCCAAAGAGAAGACUGAGGUGGAUAAGAAGGAAACUGAUGAUACCAAGGCCAAAGAACCCAGCAAAGCUGCAGAGAAGGGGCCGGAAAAGCCAAAGAAGGAAGAGAUACCAGCAGCACCUGAGAAAAAAGAUGCUAAGGAGGAGAAGGCCACAGAGGCCAAGAAGCCUGAGGAGAAACCCAAACCAGAGGCCCAAGCCAAGGAAGAACCCAGCAAGGAGGCCCCCACACCCAGCAAAGCCAAGACGGAAAAGGCUGAGAAGUCCUCUAGCACAGACCACAAAGACAGCAAGCCUCCAGAGAAGGCCACAGAAGACAAGGCUGCCAAGGGGGAAAAGUAAGGUAGGGAUAAAGGAACAUCCAGAGCAGCCAAAGAAGCGGGAGGGUCUGGGAGCUCAAGGGUCGGUAUAACAAAUUUUCUUUUUUCUCUCUCUUUUCUUCAUGUAAGAAGAAACUGCUUAGAUGAUGGGGCUGUCCUUUACCAAACAGGAAUUUCUGUUAGCAAUAUGUUAGCAAGGAAGAGCACUCCCCACCCUGUCCCCCAUAGCCCAAACCCUCCCCAGGCGAUGGACCAUUAUGUUUAUGAUAGCUUAUGUAGCGGAAUGUGAUAUAUGCCGAAUGCCACACGUAAACACUUGACUAUAAAAACUGCCCCCUCCUCUCCAAAUAAGUGCAUUUAUUUCCUGUAUGUGCAAUUGACAGACGACCGCAAUAAUGAAUGAGCAGUUAGAAACACAUUAUGCUUGAGAUGUCUUAACCUUUUCCCUGAAUGCCUUCUGUUUUCCAAAGGAGUGGUCAGGCCCUUGCCCAGUGCUCUCUAUCCUGGAAGACCUGGAGUGGGUGGGGCUGGGCACUGGCCACUGAAUAUGCCAGGGUGCACUUUUUCA